UCACUUCCGCCCGGGCCUGGCCGGGCUCGGGUUCCGUGGGCCGCGGGAGGCUCGGAGGCGGCAGCAGCUGCGGGAGGCGGCGGCGCGGGAGGCCAAGGAGGAGCUCGAACCCGGACGGAUCGUGCGCCCGGCGCCGCCAGCCCCGACCCUGCAGCGCACGGGAGGCCAGACCGGCCGGAUGGGCCGCUGAGCCCGAGGCGGGGACCGUGUGGAGCCCCCUGGAGCUAAAAUCAGGAUGUUCCGCUUCAUGAGGGAUGGGGAGCCUGAGGAUCCCAUGUUCCUGAUGGACCCCUUUGCUAUUCACCAUCAGCAUAUGAACCGAAUGUUGUCGGGCGGCUUUGGGUACAGCCCCUUCCUCAGCAUUACAGAUGGCAACGUGCCAGGGACCAGGCCAGCUGGCCGCAGGGUGCAGGCUGGGGCUGUCUCUCCCUUUGGGAUGCUGGGAAUGUCGGGUGGCUUCAUGGACAUGUUUGGGAUGAUGAACGACAUGAUCGGAAACAUGGAACACAUGACUGCUGGAGGCAACUGCCAGACCUUCUCCUCCUCCACCGUCAUCUCCUACUCCAACAUGGGCGACGGCGCCCCCAAGGUCUACCAGGAGACGUCGGAGAUGCGCUCGGCGCCGGGCGGGAUCCGGGAGACGCGGAGGACUGUGCGGGACUCGGACAGCGGACUAGAGCAGAUGUCCAUCGGACAUCACAUCCGAGAUCGGGCUCACAUCCUCCAGCGCUCCCGAAACCACCGCACAGGGGACCAGGAAGAGCGGCAGGACUACAUCAACCUGGAUGAAAGUGAGGCCGCAGCAUUCGAUGAUGAAUGGCGGAGAGAGACGUCCCGGUUCCGGCAGCAGCGCCCUCUGGAAUUUCGAAGGCAUGAGGCUUCAGGGGGCGGAGGCCGAAGGACCGAGGGGCCUCCCCGCCUGGCCAUACAGGCCCCUGAGGACUCCCCCUCCCGACAGUCCCGCCGCUAUGACUGGUGAGGGCCCUGGGCCCUCAGCCUCUCUUGUACAGGCUGAGAGGCUGACAAGUCAUCCCCCGAUAUAACUUCGUCCUCUCCAACUCCCGCUCCCACUUUAAUAUUAAAUUAACAGGCAAACUGGCCCCCCGCUCUCCCUGGAGUCUCAGGGAGAACCGUUCACUGCCCCCUUUAUCUACAUCUUCCUCCUUUAAUUCCCUUCCCACCGUGACUCCGCAUCUCCUGUAUCCACUAACUUGAUUUUUCAUUUUGCUGCUCCAUCUUUGAACCUCCUCACCUUCCCCAUUCGACCCCUGCCAUACAUUGAAGGCUUUUGGGGGGAGCUCUGGGUUUAGGGGCCUCCUCCUUCCCUCAGCUACCUUGGACCUUUGCCCACCUCCUUCUCAGAUCCCCUGCUGCAGGGGUCCUAGUCCUCCUUCAGUGCUGUGUGUGGAGAGAGAGGUCUGGUCCUCAGUCCUUCUUCCUUCCCACCUCCUUCACAUCACAAAAAUCUCCCCUGUGUCCUCUACCUUUAUUUUUUGUUUGUGCAACUUGUAACUAGGUGUUUAAGGAAUAAAGGAGAAUGGGGAAAAAAAA